AAUUUUCUCAUGUUGGCAUAAAGCCCAACAGAAAAAGCCUUUUUAAAACUUCCUGUUCUCUCUCCUCUUCGCCAUCCGCAGCUCAUUCUAGAACAGUCAGGUGAUUUUGCAGAAUCGAAGUCUUCGUCUCCAAUAUUUCUUUGCCAUGUCGGACGAGGAAGUUGUUGACCAAAAGGCGACACUGGAAGUAAGUUGCAAGCCUAAGUGUGUACGGCAACUAAAGGAGUAUCAGGCGUGUACUAAAAGGAUAGAAGGUGAUGAAUCAGGGCACAAGCAUUGCACUGGACAGUAUUUUGAUUAUUGGCACUGCAUUGACAAAUGUGUUGCUGCGAAGUUAUUUGACCACCUCAAGUAACAAGGAUAUAAGAAGUUGAUCCGUUGCAAUUUUAUCUUUCUUUUUCGUUGUUGUACAAGGCAUUACCAUAUUAUUCCUUCCUGUGCUGCAGACUUGCAAUCCCUUCGAUCAACUUGGUUGCUGCAUGGAAAAUUUUGAACUAUGCACAUCUUAAAAAGUGAUUAAUAAAUUAUACUCGUGGGUUAAA